GAGCGUCUCCCACUCACCCAUCACGGGAGGCUGAGCGUCACCCACUCACCCGUCACGGGAGGCUGAGUGCCACUCACCCAUCACAGGAGGCUGAACAGAGGCUGAGCAGUAUUAAGAGGUGGGACAUUUAAGGAGUGAUGAGGCCACAAGGACUCCACCCUCAUAAAUGGAUGAGUGCUGUUAUCCCAGGAGGGGGUUCCUGAUAAAAGGAUGAGUUUGGAUGCCCACCCAUGCCCGUGACUUCCGCCCUCUGCCUUCUGCCCUGGGAUGGUGAAGCCAGAAGGACCUCACCAGAUGCAGGUGCCUUGCUUGGACUCUCAGCUUCUGAAAGGAGGACCAGCACCAUCCAGGGUCCCAGCCACAGCUGCCGCCCUUGACAGCCCCUGUCCCACACUGCAGUGGGAAACAGUGGAGCACACGGGUCUCUCUGUCCUCCCAGCCUGGCCUGGCAGCGGCCCUGAGCCCACGUGGAUGGAGCCAGCCCCCUUCUGCUCCUGGGACUUGUCCCCUGGUGUCCUCGCUGGAAGUGGUGCUGAUGACUGUGUCUCUUGGGGUUGGAAACAAGGACAUUCCCCAUUUCCCGAAGGAGACCCACAGGAACCUUCCGGCCCAGAAAUCUCACUGCCGGGCACCCAUCCAAAGGAAAGAAGUCUACAGAGGGAUGCCUGCGCCCUGGGUUUACUGCAAUCUAAUCACAAUAGCCAAGAUGCAGAAUUGGCCUGGGUGUCUGUCCAUCAGCAGAUGCGUGGACAGAGAAAACAAGGUGCGUGGACACCGUGGGGUACUCUCCAGCUGAAAAGAGCGAAAUCCUGCCAUUCUCAGCAGUGUGAAUGGAACUGGAAUGAAGCCCACGCUUCCCUCCUGUGGGAGCUGAGACUAGAAGAGAGGAUCUGGGAUGUUCCUGAUAGAAAGGAAUGAUCAACGCUCGAGUUUC